AGUGCCUGCUGGCCUAGGGCGUUGCCGGGAGGACCAGGUGAACCCAGAGCCCAGGCCCGCACUGGAGCCGGGAUAGCUGAGGUUCGGGUGGGCUUUGGCCCGGAGUAAAGAAGCCCAGAUCGUACGGCUCGAAGCGUAGAAUGGGGCAGUAGGCGGAUCGGGACUCAAGCCGGGGCGUGGCUACAGAAGCGGGGCAGAAGUAGCGUUGAGGGACCAGCAAGUUGCCUGUCCUCCCUUGGAAACCUCUUAACUGCCUGCUUGAAAUGGCUGGAUCAAGCCCAUGCACUGAUUUACCCUGCUAAGUACUGUGGAAAGCCAGGGGUAAGAUGACCUCCAUCUUGCGAAGUCCUCAGGCUCUCCAGCUGACACUAGCCCUGAUCAAGCCUGAUGCGGUUGCCCACCCACUGGUCCUGGAGGCUGUUCAUCAGCAGAUUCUGAGCAACAAGUUUCUCAUUGUACGAAUGAGAGAACUACAGUGGAAAAAGGAAGACUGCCGCAGGUUUUACCGAGAGCAUGAAGGGCGUUUUUUCUAUCAGCGGCUGGUGGAGUUCAUGGCCAGUGGGCCAAUCCGAGCCUACAUCCUUGCCCACAAAGAUGCCAUCCAGCUUUGGAGGACACUGAUGGGACCCACCAGAGUAUUUCGAGCACGCCACAUGGCCCCAGAUUCAAUUCGUGGGAGUUUGGGCCUCACUGACACCCGGAACACGACCCAUGGCUCAGACUCCGUGGUUUCUGCCAGCAGAGAGAUUGCAGCUUUCUUCCCUGACUUCAGUGAGCAGCGCUGGUAUGAAGAGGAGGAACCCCAGCUGCGCCGUGGUCCUGUGUGCUACAGUCCAGAAAAAGGCAUCCACUGUGUAGCUGCAACAGGAAGCCCCAAACCAGCCUAGUAAAGUCCUGUCAGUCCCCGAGGACAGGUGGCAGUGUCCAGCCUUUUCUCUUAGGGUCAGGGAAUCAUGGACUGAAGGCACUGUUGUCUCUGUUGGACGGCAUCACCUACCCAAAGACCUAGUAUAUCACUUGUCA